UAGGCAUCGGCGGACUGAUACAAUCUCAUGUUCGAUUGUUUGGCUAACACUUUUAAAGCUAUCUAGGGAGGGUAAAUGGUAUUCUCCCGAGAAGGCACGUGGGCGCACAUACGAGAAAAACGUACCAGGACUUAGCAUGACAAUGUCUUCUUUCACCGAGCCUCACACAAGUAGAUCAACAUCGUUCUUCAUAGACGACAUCCUCCUCAACAAACCUAAACAACUGCCUCGCGACUUCACGGCGGUGACUGGACUGCGGUCGGCAUUCCCAGAGUACGGGUAUGCGUGUCUCCCCGGGACCCCCGCCUUCUACACCCACCCGUUCCUGGCCCACGGGGCAGGGCUCAUCCCCAAGCACCCAGACCACCCAGCCUUCCUCAUCCCGACUUCCAGUCUCCCGCUAACCCCGCUGUUUCAACACGACAGCCCAGGGAAACACUGCCGCAGGAGGAAGGCCCGGACCGUGUUUAGCGACCAGCAGUUGAAUGGGUUAGAGAAGAGGUUCGAAGCCCAACGGUACCUCUCCACCCCUGAGAGAAUGGAAUUAGCCUCUCAACUCAGUCUGUCAGAGACACAGGUGAAGACAUGGUUUCAAAAUCGAAGAAUGAAACAAAAGAAAUUGCAACGCAAAACACAAGAUGACAGCGACCCCUCUAACACAAGCGACAAAAACAACCAAUCAGACAGCCACUCUGACGUAGGAGAUGACCGAUCAGAUAGCGGCCAUCUUGAAAGUGAUACACCUGUUACUAGUUACAAGGACUGCGCAUGCUCAGAUAACGAAGAUACGGAAGAAAUAAAUGUUGUGGAUACAGAUAUUGAACAUCCUUCUACUUCGGCAUCAUAAUAUAUCACAAAACGUUUUGGGAACAGCAUUAUGUUGAGUGCAAAUGGGAGUUAUCCCCCUUUGUGAUAUCCGGAAGCAAGAUGGAAUGCCAACGCAUUCUUGAUCAACACAUGUCAUUCCGGGAGAAGCCGAACAUCGUUUGGCAAGUUACAGAAAGAAGCAAAUAAUGACGAAUGGUCAGAACGACACCCGAAUCCUCUUGGCGUAUUCCACAAACUACAAAAUGUGAGAUUGAUAUUAGCCGAGUGAACGGUAGUUAUUUGCAAACAUUAGGAACGUCGUGCCCCCACGUGUGUUUUCAUUUUCCAUUGGGACAUAUUUUUUGAAGAUGCAGAAAUGCUUUUCAAAUCUGAAUCAGAUGAGAGACAGUGAUGGGGCCGUAUGAAUAAACAAGAUCGCAAAUCGCUAGUUGUGAAAGACACGUUGUUAAUCAUUGACCAAGAGACAAACCACAUCGCUAUUGUGAAUAUUGAAAUCCUUUUGACUAUUUUCAUACGAAUCUAAACUUGAUGUGUUGUGUUGGCCAUGUACAGUGCUAUGUAGAGCUUUGAAGUUGUUUUUUUUCUGUGAAUAAUAUUUAUAUAAACAUAUCUGGACUUUGUGCAAUAGUCUGUCGAUGAGACGGAUUUUCCAGUAUCUGUUCAAUAA